AUGCUUGUGUGCAAUCCGUUUCAGCACCCCGUCACCUUGCUUCGAGGAGAAUCUCUUGGUCGUGUUGAUCCUGUUGAUCCGUUUCACAUCAUCGAGACUUCGGAUGACACGCCUUGUUAUGAGCUCGACGCCCUUACUUCUCCCGUUAAGCGCACUUCUGCAUCAUCAUCAACUUCGCCUUCAUCAGACAUCUUGGAAUCUGUCUUGGAUGCCGACCUGCCACCUCCGUACCGCAUGCAAGUACUCGAGCUUCUGCAGAAUUUUCGCUCAUCGUUUGAUUGCGAUCAAACGCGCUGGGGCCGCACGGAGAACGUCAGUCACAGCGUCCACACAGGUUCUCAUCCUCCAUUACGGCAGCGACCAUACCGUGUGUCGGCAGCCGAGCAUUUUCCGACGCACCUUGUUCGCUUGCGUGAGAUACUGACCUGCCUCACCACUGCCGGCCUCCAGCUCAACAUCAAAAAGUGCCGUUUCGCCGCCCGCAAGCUAACAAUAUUGGGACACGUUGUUUCGAAGGAUGGUGUGCUUCCUGACCCAGCCAAGCUUCGCGCCGUCGCCGAGUUUCCCAAGCCCACAACCCUUAAGGCGCUUCGCAGCUUUGUAGGCCUCUGCUCGUAUUUCCGGCGCUUUGUACGAUCCAUCGGCCACAGCUUCUAG